AGGAAGUAGGAUAGAACUUAGAGCCUGGACUCUGCUCUUCUGGGUACCCACUGCUGUCAGAGAGGCAGGGAAGAACCCUCAGGUCCAGGGCCAUCACCACUAGCUUUGCCUGUGUGUGGAUCUUGGGGGCCCAUGGCUACCAGGAUUGACUUCAAGGCCUGAAAUCCCUGGGGAUGCCACCCAGUCCCACAAGUCUACAUUCCCCUGCAGCUGAGCUGGGAGAUGGGGCUACUGGGAACCUGGUGGUGUACUGCAUUCCUUCUGUUGAAAAAAAUAACGAUUCUCAGAAAGGAUUGUUUGGAGGCCUGGCAGGGGCAGGGAGGAUUCUGGCCCUGAGGAGACUACUAUUGGUCAAGAAGUUUCCGAUCUUGGCCUCUGCUUCCCAACAUGCUGAUGCAAAGCUGGAGUUCAGCUCUGGGUACCCCUACUGACCUCUGCUUGGGAUCUUUUCUCUGAGGCCCAGAAUAGCCUGGAGAGGUUCCCAGAACAUGUGGAAAGAGGCUGCAAAACUCCCAGUCUUGUAGGGAAGCUCAGCUCCUGAACUUGCCCCAGACAGAAAGCAUAACACACACUUGCCAGGGAGAGCCUGCCUGAUUCUGGGCUCCUCGGAGUGCAGCCUAGGACCUUGACCUCCAUUCCAGUUCACGUUGGACUUCACUCUUCACGUUGACUUCACGUUGGACUGACUCUUCAACCAAGUGGAGAACCACAGGCUACUCAUUCAUGUUGCCUUGGAAGGGCUUACCAGCACCCUUACUUUUGCAUAAUGCAAAUAUAGGCUGUGAGUGCGACUUCUGAGGCUACACUUUCUGGAACUGGUUGCUUUAGAGGAACCAGCUUUUGAGAGGAGCAGGGUGGAAGGUAGCCAAACCUGGGAGAUGCAGAGUACAACUAAUUACCUAUGGCACACUGAUGACCUGCUAGGGCAGGGGGCCACAGCCAGUGUGUACAAGGCCCGAAACAAGAAAUCUGGGGAGGUGGUUGCUGUAAAGGUCUUCAACUCAGCCAGCUACCGGCGGCCCCCCGAGGUGCAAGUGAGGGAGUUUGAGGUGCUGCGGAAGCUCGACCACCAGAAUGUCGUCAAGCUCUUCGCCGUGGAGGAAACGGGAGGCAGCCAGCAGAAGGUGAUUGUGAUGGAGUACUGCCCCAGCGGGAGCCUACUAAGUGUCCUGGAAGACCCUGAAAACACGUUUGGGCUUCCCGAGGAGGAGUUCCUGGUGGUUCUGCGCUGUGUGGUGGCUGGCAUGAACCACUUGCGGGAGAACGGCAUUGUCCACCGUGACAUCAAACCUGGGAACAUCAUGCGCCUGGUGGGGGAGGAGGGGCAGAGCAUCUACAAGCUGUCCGACUUCGGGGCUGCUCGGAAGCUGGAUGAUGAGGAGAGCUUUGUUUCUGUCUAUGGUACAGAGGAAUACCUGCACCCUGACAUGUAUGAGCGGGCCGUGCUUCGCAAACCCCAGCAAAAGGCGUUCGGGGUGACUGUGGAUCUCUGGAGUAUUGGGGUGACCCUGUACCAUGCAGCCACCGGUAGUCUACCCUUCCUCCCCUAUGGUGGGCCCCGGCGCAACAAGGAGAUCAUGUACAGAAUCACGACAGAGAAGCCAGUCGGGGCCAUUUCUGGGACUCAGAGGCAGGAGAACGGGCCCCUGGAGUGGAGCUAUAGCCUCCCCAUCACCUGCAGACUGUCCAUGGGGCUGCAGAGUCAACUGGUGCCCAUCCUGGCCAACAUCCUGGAGGUAGAGCAGGCCAAAUGCUGGGGCUUUGACCAGUUCUUUGCGGAGACCAGUGACAUCCUGCAGCGAAUUAUCAUCCAUGUCUUCUCCCUGCCCCAGGCUGUCCUGCAUCAUGUCUACAUCCAUGCCCACAACACGAUUGCCAUCUUUUUGGAGGCUGUUUAUGAGCAGACCAACGUGCCUCCCAAACACCAGGAGUACCUCUUUGAGGGUCACCCUUGUGUCCUUGAUCCAAGCCUCUCAGCCCAGCACAUCGCCCACACAGCUGCCAGCAGCCCCCUGGUUCUCUUCAGCAUGGCCAAUGAUGCACCCAAGGGGCUGGCCUUCAGGGACCCUGCUCUGGACAUCCCAAAGUUCGUCCCCAAGGUCGAUCUACAGGCAGAUUACAACACAGCUAAGGGGGUGCUGGGUGCUGGUUACCAGGCGCUGUGGCUGGCGCGGGUCCUGCUGGAUGGGCAGGCGUUGAUGCUUCGAGGAUCCCACUGGGUCCUGGAGGUGCUUCAGAACACGUGCCGGCAGACACUGGAGGUCACGCGGACAGCCCUUCUCUUCCUCAGCAGAAGCCUGGGCACUGAAAGGUUCAGCAGUGAAGCUGGGAUGUCAGAGUUCCAGGAACUAAAGGAAGCCACAGAGCUGUGGUCCAGGCUGCAAUCUUUCUCAGAGGUCCUCUCGAGAUGUUCCCACAAUGUCACAGAAACCCAGGUGAGCCUGAGCAGCCUGGGCAAAGAGAUUUUGAAGAACCGGAAUCAGAUCCACGAUGACAGCAGAAGCAUCCAGAAGAUUCAGUGUUGCUUGGACAAGAUGCGCUUUAUCUACAAACAGUUCAAGAAAUCUAGGAUGAGGCCAGGACUCGGCUACAAUGAGGAGCAGAUCCACAAGCUGGAUAAGGUGAAUUUUAGCCACUUAGCCAAGAGGCUGCUGCAGGUGUUCCAGGAGGAAUGUGUGCAGAAGUAUCAGGUGUCGCUGGUCACACACGCCAAGCGGAUAAGGCAGGUGCAGAAGGCCCAGAACCACCUUCACCUCCUAGGCCGCUCUGUGGCUGCCUGUAACACAGAAGCCCGGGAAGCCCAAGAGAGCCUGAGCAAGAUUUUUGAUCGGCUCCUUCUGGACGGAGCAUCAGGAGCUCAGAUCUCACCACACACCAUGGCUCCUCAUUCCAGCCCUGAUCCAAAGGACCUGGUCUUCCAGCUCUGGGCCCAAGUGACCAAGCCUCAGCCACCCCAUUCUUCUUCCUUGGACAGCAUGCAGGAGCUUUGUAAUGAUAUGAAGCUGUUGGCCUUUGAUCUCCAGGACAACAACCGUCUCAUCGAACGGUUACAUAGAGUUCCAGCCGCACCUGAUGUCUGAGCUCCCUGGGGUGCACAAGACACUCGGAAGCAUUAGCUUUAUUCAUACUGUACCUCUGCACUGUGAGACCAAAUUCAGGGCAAGUUCCGGUCUCACCUCACCAGCCUACCUCCCUCUUGGCCACUGGCCAGCAAACUAGCAUUACUUUGACAGCCUGUCCUCGCAGACAGCUGGGACAGGGCCUCCCAGCCAUCCUGGACAGUGCCCACCGGAGAGCAUGCAGCCACUGUUGAUUCAUCCAGGCACCAAGGCUGUUCCUCCUCAGGCAGGCCUGGAGGGCUGAACUUAGGGGGGCCUUGGGAAGAGAAGGCUGAGUGUUCGUACCACUUUGCACUUCCCAGGAACCAGCGGGCUCUCCCGGGGCGGGGGGGGGGGGGCUUCUCCAGGGUGCUGGAGCAGAGGACUUCGCCUUGAACACAGCCUGCCAUUUCCUGAAUGCCCCCAUCCCUGGCCACAGGCAACUCACAAGCUGCCCCUCUGUGCUUUGCCUGGAUGAACCUGCAUUUGAGAAGGGGGUGGUUGAAGCCAAACUGCUGGUACUUUGAGGAGCUUCCUUUUGCCUUUCCUCCCUGAGGCACCCCUUGGUUCUGAGAAACAGCUGGUCAGUAUCAACAGGUAGCCACACAUCUGGGCAGAUGUGGGAACCUGAGGAGACAGCAGGCCUACACCUUCGGAAACGGAAUAAAGGCGCCACCUUCUCUGUU